AUGAAAACGCGACCUAACCGGAUUCAAGUGUAUCCAACAGAAAGUGGAACAAACGGAAUCACAAUGAAUACUCGAGGACUCCGCUCUGAGCUGAAAGACAGCGUACCUGUGGCAGGCUUCUGUCCACAGGGAGCUUAUGGUGUGCAGGACUCUCUGCGUAGUGGCUUUACCAGCGUAAAGAAUGAGCUCCUUCCAAGCCACCCGCUGGAGCUCUCCGAGAAAAAUUUCCUGCAGAACCAGGACAAGAUGAAUUUCUCUACUCUCAGAAACGUCCAAGGUCUUCAUGCUCCACUCAAACUGCAGAUGGAGUACAGGGCAGCUAGACAGGUCCAGCGUCUGCCGUUCUUGCAGAGUUCAAACCUGGCUCUGGAUACGCUGCGAGGCAGUGACGAGUCCAUCGGCUUUGAAGACAUCCUCAACGAUCCUACACAGAGUGAAAUGAUGGGUGAGCCACACAUGAUGGUGGAAUACAAACUGGGAAUGUUGUGAAAGAAGAUGGACACACAUAAUACACAGCUUCAUGUGUAGAUUUUGAUUUAUUAUUUGUCUGCAUACAUUUGUUUAUUGGCUUAAGAACUGACUCAGUAAUGUUUUGGAAAAGAAAUGGGCUUGAUGUGUGUGUGUGUGUGUGUGGUUACCCUGUAAAUGACCGAUCUGGAGUGUUAAAACAGUCAUUCAGUUCUGCUUUUGUAUGAUUCCAAUCCGGUUGGUAUUUCUAUUAAACUUCAUAACCUUCCUCAUGA